AUUAAACCGGCCUGUUAAGUUAACAGUGAUUUACAGAUGUCAAAAACAGAAUAUUUAUCGGAACCAGUCGCUGCUAUUAUUUCUUAAAACACGAUCUAAGUGUGAUUGAUAAAUUAAAAAUUUUUUUGAAUAGAAAAUACUAUUUGAUAUAUUUAUGAAUAGUCGCAUUUCUUUUAAGUAAAACACAAAUAAGAAAGAAAGAAAAACGAAGAGUCAGUUCACCUCCGGUUAAAGCAGCUCUGCCCUAGGUUUACAUUUUCAUUGUAUGAGAGUUGAGCGCGUAAACAAUAUACGAUACGAAUAUUGUUCGAAAAAGAUGUUUCAACUGCUGCGUCAGCAUCCUUCUUGGUCAAUCUUCAUCAUUGCCACCGGCACAAUUGCUGCCUCUGAGGUGAUAUGGCUCGCAUAUAAAUCGAUCUGCAAGUGGAUCCGAUGGCGAAAGGCUCAGGUGCAUGAGGUGCUUAUGUUCAAUGAACUGGGCUUCGAAUGCAUGCAAGAGCAUCGCAAGUCCAGCGAAAACGGCCGUUUAUAUUAUUGUCAAAAUAAGCAUUGCGCUCAGGCCAACAUCGACCGCAUUAUCGAACAGCUGAACAAGGCCAAAUACAGCAUUGAUCUGGCCAUGUAUUCCGUCUACUCCGUUGAGAUGACACGCGCUUUGAAAAACGCCUUGCUCCGCAAGGUUGUUGUUCGUAUAAUUGUCACUCUACAACGCGGAGAUAAAACCAAUUACCUUCUGGUCGAUCUAAUUCACCAUGGCGCCCAUCUGCGCAACCAGAAUUCCAAUUAUUUUAUGCAUCAUAAGUUCUGUGUGAUCGAUGGGCAAGAGCGAGUGAAUUACCUUUGGAGUCUCAAGAAACGCAAUUACGGACCAGAGACUACGUACAGCGUCCUAAUCAAUGGCUCCCUCAACUGGACGGAUACCGGCAUCGGCGUCAACUGGGAAAAUGUAGUCAUCACAUCUCAUCCAAAAAUGACCAAUGUCUUCCAAUCAGAAUUCGAUCGUAUGUGGAAGGUGUUUUCAACUAAUACUAGAAAAUAGAGGCACUAUUACCGUUAGUGCUAUCACUCAAUCGUAGUGUAUUGAAUGCAGCGACUCAUGAAUGCGGACUCAUCCGCGUGUCGAAUCAGCUGUUAGGAGAAGUCGACUGGUUGCAGGUUGUCAAAUAGAAGAAUUAUGGGUUGUCGAAAAAAUCCAAAAAAUAUUAAUUGUGGAGUCCAUGUUUAAAUUGGAGCUCAUGUACUAUAUUAAGAUAUAUGUGAUCGCCAUUGUAUAGUAUACAAUGUAUGUAUACCUAUAAUAUGCAUGACAGCUUUAAUUAUGUUUUAAGAAAACCGCAUCAAAUCGAUAGUGCUGCCAGACCUGUUAAGCACUUUUAAAUAUAUUUGUUUGACAUGUUUGGGCUGUUGAUUACAUAUAAAACAAUAAUAGUUUACCCAAAAUAAAGUCUUUACAUGUUAUAAAUAAAGUGAUUAUGUUUUCAGCACUUUCUAAAUAGUAA